GGUGAGAAAAAGAAAGUCACUCAACUUCCUCGUUUCAAACGAAUGUAAUAAAGUCAAAUUUCAAAUUGCAAAAUAUUGAAAUAGUUACAGUCGCCUCGACAAAUGCGCAUAAUCAAAAGCAAAAUUAUUUGAAGGAAUUCCAUGAUAAAAGUAAAACGUUCAUUCUCUAUAAUAUCUCAAUAAAAAUAAAAGAAAAAAGGCUAUCUGGUAAAAUAAAGCUUUGGAAAGAAGUAAUCAAUCAUUGUUUUGGCUUGAAAUGACGGCCGAUGUACCAAAACGAAAUCCAGAAAGUCAUUUAAAAUAAAGCAUAACGGCAUCUUAUCAGUGUUAUUGAUAAAGUAAACAACAAACAUAUUUGUGUCGGUGGAGGGUGUGAAUUGGGUGAGUAAAAAAUCACCUGUGCAAAUCAUCACCGGUAAAACCAAUAUAAACACGUAAAACAAAUAAUAAAAUAGCAUAGCAUAGCACAGCGAUAGUCGUUUAUCGAAUAGCGGCUUUAAGUGGACAAAUAAAAAAUUAAUAUAAACAAUUUCUAUUCAUAAAUACACACAUAGAUAUUUGCAAGCGUAUUUGUGCGAGUACGUACAUAUAUCUAUACUUGAAAAUGCUUGUAUUUACGUGCAAAAGCUAAUAAUAAAAUUUAUCGCAUAUACCAGCGCCAUCGGCCAAUGUGAUCACUUCGAUAAGCGCAAAAGCAGCGACAGCGACAGCGGCAGUGGCAGCGCUUAACGGCUGCGAUGACAAAAGAAAAGUUGACUAAGCAAAUGGUUUGUGGCCGCCGAGCUGUUGAGAUCAGUCGUCAUCCAGUCAGUUAGUUUGCUGGUUGCCGCGUUAGUGUAAUGAGCUGUUGUCAGCACAAUUGAAGGCUGCUCAGUGCCGAUGAACGCGUAAGUGAUAUUGAAAAUCGUAGCUAAAUGCAGCACAAACAAUACUAUGUAAGUUAACAACAAAAACAAGCAAGCAUACCACAGCUGAGUAAACAACGAGACGUGCAUAAGCGGCCAGUUGAAAACGCAACGCAGUCAAGCUCCGGCAACAGUGGCGGUAAUCGAAAACUUGACACCCCGGAAAAGAGAAGGAAAUCAAAGAUAAUUUAGAAAAAAUAAAUAUUAAAAACGUUGGAUUUUGUAAAAAGCACGUGCCAAAGAGAAAAAGGAAAAUAUAUACCAAAAUCCCAACAACAAAAAAUAAAGAAAUAAGAUUCUUUUCAAUUUUAAAUAAGCGUGAAAAACUAUAGUACAUACAACUCAAAUUAUCGAAAGAAGUAAAUCGAAAUUUGUUUGUGUUUUGUGGCACGCGACGUGAUUUUUAUGAUGUUGCACAUGCAGAAAAACAAACGAAAAGGGAAAUAAAAAUACCAAGAACAAUUGCAAGCAAAAGCAAAACAAAGUAAAAUUCAAGUCAGGAAAAACGCAUAGCCCGGCAAGUAUUUUUAGCUGAACUUGAAAUGCCUACAGAAUGUGAACGUACGACCGCCAACACGAGCCAAAACGUGCAACAGACGCAGCAGCAGCAGCAGCAGCAACAUCAACAACAGCAGCAGCCACAAGAAGAAGAGCAACUGCAAGCUGAUCAAUUGCAAGCAGAAGAAGCAGCAGCGGCAGCAGCUCAGCUUGAGUUUUAUGACGACAUGGAGGGCAAAGAGUUGAAUGGUGGCAAAAUGUCAACGUCCGCUACAAAUGGUCACAAUGGCAGCAACAACACAAAUGGUGUUGGAAAGAAAACGUCCAUAAUAUCGCCGGAUCCCACCCCUUACGUGACCAAGGCGCGCGUCACACGUCCGACUCCGCCGCCACCGUCAUACAAUCCAAUGCAAUUUGUACAGAUCAAACCAUGUAAUCUCUACCAGACCGCACAGGAGCAGCUUAAGAAGGCUGAGGAAGUGAAAAAGAUAAAGGAGAUAAAGAAGGAGGAUCCCGAAGAUUGGCAAAAUAACUUGGACAAUUGGAAAUCGUCGCGUAGAAAACGUGUCGAGCACAUCAUCGAUCGAGUUGUAGAAGUUAAAAAACUCGAAUUAGAAGAACACGACCGUACACGAAGAAAAUCGAAAACGUUCUCUGAAAUGAUCGAAGAAAGAGGUGAACGUGGUGGUCGCGGACGCGUCAAAUUGGCCUCAUUAGCUGUUUACAAUGAAGAUGAAUCGAACGAUUUAAGCGAUCUUGGCAUUGGGACAAGCAGCGCCAGCGGCAAGAGCAGCCAAUCGGAGGACUACGACAACAACAGUGUACUGAGCGACAACGCCGAACUGGAUAAGGCCAUAUUCGAGAGCAACCAAAAACCGAGCAGCAUUCCUGCACGCGAAUACAUCUCCUCACCCGGCUACGAUACCUCAUCCAGCACCGCCCCCGGCAGCUCUCCCGACCCAUGCGAAUACACCUAUGAGGGCGCAAUCCAAGACUAUAAACAACGCGUCUCGCGCGCUAGUGGUGGCAACACUUUAGCAAAUUUCAAGCUCAAUAGCGUCAAUACAAGCGCAGGGCUAAAUUCUAAAAGCGCCUCCUCGAAAGAAACGUCACCGGACUGCGGCAAUGCCGCUAUGAGCGAUGCAUAUCCCACACGCCGAGGCAGUAAAAUUGAAGAUCGUCUAAUCGGCUUCGAAGUUACCUCACCUAGUGAUAGUCAAGAGGGUUUAGAAAAGAAAGUUGAUGUACCAAAAAUUGAUAUUUCGAAACGUAAGGAGAUUUUCGAAAAUCAAAAUGCCAAUUCAGAACCAAAGUCACUGAGCAACAGUGGCGGUGGUGGCGUUGCCGUGCCGCGCGUUACACUGCGCGAUCGCUUUAAGUUAGACGAAAGUGCGUCCGGCAACGGCGAGAUACAAGAUUCCACGCUGAAGCGCGAGGUCAAACGUCUAUCGGGUGACAUUACAAGCAUACGUUCGCGUAUGCAAAGUCUCGAACAACAACAGAACUUAGUCAAUACAACAAAUGGUGGCAGCACUGGCAAGGCGACCAGCGCAAAGUUGGUCGAUAUACCAGUGCCACCGCUAAAGGAUCGUUUAUCAAGUUUACAAAAUGCCGUUACCAAAGAAGAAGUGAAGAAGGCGCCCGUAGCACUUGUUGAUGCCCGUCAACUGGAGAUAAUGAAGAACGAGGAUGAGCAACGCAUUAAAUUAAUGGCGAGUGAGAAGAAGAUAGAGGAGCAGCAGGAGGAACAAAGUAACGCGAAAAAGAUUGAAAUAGCAGCGCUGACAAAUGAAACACCAAUGCCACAGGAGCUAAUCGUGAAAAUCGAUGCACCCGAUGAAGAAGUCGAUCGCGACGACAGCGGAAUCCACACUGCCGACGGUGAAAUCGCAUCAGCCGAAGAUGGACUCUCCGAGCAGGAACAGCAACUUAAUGCGGCAAUUGCAGCACUGGCGCUGGAGGAACAACAGCUAACCGAAGCGGCCAAUGCGGUAAACCAAAUAGAGGCGGAAUUCGAUGAACUCUCCACCAGCGCAGUGAACGCCAUCGCCAGCGACCUAACGGCAGUGUCAGCAAAAACAACCAACGAACAGCCAUGCGAAAUGGAAUUUAGUAUCAACGAAGCACUUGAAUUGGCGCUGGAAGCAAUUGACAAAGAGAGCAAAUUCACCAUGAAUGAUACAGUAAUAAAAGCAACAACCAAAUCAUUGAACACUGCUAAGAGCAAUCAUACAAUCACAGAAAAACUAACAAUAACAACAACAACAUCAACAAUAAGAUCAACAACAGAAAUGGCAACAACAAUUUCAAGCAAUAAUGCACAAGUCAAUUGCUUGAGUCCAAAGGAUAAUGCGAACAAAACCGACGAAGAGAAGAAACUCAAAUACAAACAAGAAACUGCAGCAACUCUACAAAACUACGUAAACAGCAACAAUAGCAACACAACAAAUAACUAUGAUGAACUAAGCAAUAAACUCACUUGUAAUGCUAAUAACAAUAACAAUAACAACAGCAACAGCAAUGCUGUUGAUAAUGCGGACGAAGUAGCUCGCGAGUUGCUCAUCGCGCAGGAACCUAUUUACGAGAAUAUCUCAGCAGCAUCUACGCGACAAGUAGAUGCUGAAGCGACACGAAUCAUUCCGGUGAGCGCAAUGUAUGACACCAACAACAAGGUCAACAAUGACAUCCAUAAUCAAACUGUUAAUCAAAUCAAUCAAGUAAACAAGUAUAAUAAAAGCAACAACAAUAAUAAUAAUAACCAUAUUAGUGAUAAUUCAAUAGCUAAUAACGCCAAUAAUUUGCUAAGUACUCUGACUAACAGCAACAAUAGCUAUAACACUAGCGAUAACAACAACACAAAUAAUGUCGAUGAAACUCUUAUUGAUCUAACAAAUGCUUUCGCUAAUGCUACAACAAUAACAACAGCCAACGGCAUAGCAGCAAAAGCAACAGCAACAACAACAACAACAAACACGACAGCUUCUGCUACUGCUACUGCUUCGCUCAUAGCCAGCGAAAAAUCGCAUGCUACUCUCAACAGUGUUGCAUCAAUGGCAGCAACGCAAGUUGCAACAACUACGCCAACAACCGUAUUUACUCAAAUUGCAUCAACAACACAGCAAUCAGAGUCUAAUUUAGCACCCAUGACUUCCUCAAAUCUGCCAAAUGUCAACAACUCCUCAACCUUAGCCUCAGAUUCGUUAGUGCACAACCCAACGGAGCUGGUGGAUCAUGAACCCUACUAUCAAGUGCCCAAGUCUAGCGAGCCCUACUACGACGCACCCAAACAUCUGCGUCCGGUGCCGCUUUACGAGAAUAUCGAAGUUUUCUACACUGGGUUGGAAAAUUCCACUUUGGCCGGUGGCACUGGUGCCGUCCUUAAUGGCAGCUUCAAUUUGGAGCCACCAAAAGAGAAGCCACCACCGCCGCCCAUUGAGUCUCCGCCGCCAUUCGAUGAUGUCGACAGCAUUGACAAUAACACAGACACUUGGUCUUCGGACAAUACAUAUGAGACGAUUUCAUCGCGCCUAGCACACGUAAACGGCCUGGCUGGUGAUCAUCCUUCGCCACCCAUCAAGCGCAUGAACUCGACGAAGCGCAUCAAGAAGGAGUUACGCAAUAAGCGUUCGAGUUUCUUGGGUAUCGACACGACGAAUAUUGAUGAUGAGGAGAGCUAUUUGGAGUUGACGGUGGCACCCCCGCCAGACAUGGCUCAGUUAUUGCAGGAGGAGCGUCGCUUGGAGAAGCAAUUGUACCUGAAGGCGGGACUGUGCGACAGCUCAGAUACAGGCGAGAGUCGCGAUUCGGGUGUAUCCGAGAAUCAUUCGCGCCAGAGCAGCGAACACUACACGAACUCUUCGGAGGACAACGAUCGGCAAAUGGACUCACCGCCUCAUAGUCUUAAAUCGAAUGAACUCAUCUACCAGAAUGAAGCGCUGCUCACUGCUGCGCAGACACCGCUUUUGCAAACAGUGAAGGGCAACUCCGCCGAAUCAUGGACCGAGUCCGCCACCGUCGCUGCUGCGGCCACCAAAUCGCUGACAGAGGCCACCGCCACAGCCACUGCCAAAAUGCUUUCCAUCGAGGAGAAGAUACGCGAGCAAGAGGAGGUAUUGCGCGUAGAACGCGAGCUGCUGCAACUGGAGCAGGAAGAGUUGAAGCGUCAACGCGAGAAUUUGAUGCUACGCGAAAAUAUGGCACGUCGAGAGCUACAACAUGGCGCCAAAAUGCUAAUGUCCGCCAAUCGUCGUUCAUUACAGGACCUCAAUGGCGUGGGCAUGUCAGUGGCCGGUGGACUACCACUGCCAAAUGGCGGCACAAAUUUGGCCUACCACACAGCCGUGCCACAGUAUGCGCUUGCCGCACAUCACAGCAUUCAACAACAGCCACAACAACAAUUCGGCGUACCGCUGUUAGCUGCGCAACAGCCCCAGCAGAUCUAUGCAAAUGUGCCAAAUCUACAAGAGCAGUACUAUCAGGUAGACAUUGACUAUCGCAAGUCCAUGUCCGACCUGCAAGAAUUCUCCAAACGACACAUGUUGCCGCCCACACCGCCAACCAAACCAAUGCGUGCCAUGCAUGUGGCUACUUCAGCCAACGCGCUUGCAACCAAUGCACCCGAUGACUUUGUAGCGCAACGGCACACCUUAAACGCACAGGGUUACGGCGGAUCGCUGGUAAAAAUCGCCGCUCCCACUGCAGCGCCGCGCGGACACACGGUUUACACCAAUCACCAAUACCACCAUCAGUCCACGCAGAAUUUGAGCAACAGCAGUGGCAGCGGCAGCAGCAACAGCAUUAGCGCCAUAACUACAGCAACGCUAGCACCCGUCGCCAAUGGACAUGCAGCGCUGCCUGGCAACAUGUCGCGCAACACGCUGCAUGCACUCAGCGCCACACCAAAGCCCAAGUACACCGACGGCUGGGUGCAAGUGCAGCAACGCAAAUCGUACGACUCGAAUUUAGCCAACGAUCCCGCUUGGCUGUCCGCAUACCAGCAAAAGCGCAAAUCCAUGCCAGAAGCCUACCACGCCUACAACAACCACUGGCUAGUGCAGGAGGCCGAACAGCGCCGCAUUACUGAGCAGCGUUGCGGUGGUUCGACCGGCACAACGCCGGUACAUAAGCAAAAUAGCAGCGCUGUAGGUGGUGGUGGUGGCAUGAAGAACGCCACCAGCGCUAAUAGCAACGGCAAACCACUGCCUGAUUCAAUUAUACAAACGCUCACAGAGCGAGUGCAGAGCAAGGGCAUUGGUGAGCGAAAACGAUUUGACAACUACAACACACAGAGCGCUGUGUCGGAUAAAAGUCCGCUGCAUGCUGCCUCCACUUACUACCAGCAUCAGCACCAGCUGUCACAGCCGCUAACGCCGUCACACCAGCGCCAUCUUAGCGGUGGUGGUGGUGGCGUUGGCGCGCCCAUUGCCGCAAUACCACCACAAGCCAAUGUGAACGCUUCGCCGGCGCAUCAGCAAGCACAAGCACAGCAGCAACAACAGCAACAACAACAGCUGCAACAGCAAGACAAAGUGUUGAGUGUCAGCGGCAAGAAGAAGUGUUCGCAUUGUGGUGACGAAUUAGGACGCGGCGCCGCUAUGAUCAUCGAAUCUCUGCUGCUCUUCUAUCACAUCAAUUGCUUCAAAUGUUGCGUGUGUCAUGUACAGCUCGGCGACGGACUUAACGGAACGGAUGUACGCGUACGCAAUCACAAAUUACACUGCCAGAAUUGUUACUCCAGCGACGAUGGCAUCAAAUUCAGCUGCGUCUGAGCGAAAAAGGGAAAAAACUAUAAAUCGAGCCAUAAUUUAAUGCAGCUGCCAAUGAAUUAGAGCGAAAUGUUGGUGGAAUGUUUGAGAGAAAUGGGAGUGGAGAAAAAAGACUCUCCUGAAAUAGCAACACUUACGAGCAUUUCAGCGAGUGGUUGGUUGGUUGGUUGAGAGUGGCCUUAAGCACUGAAAUGCCGUUGAAUGUGACAAGUCAAAUAUACAUACAUACGAGUACUAUGUUUCAGCUCGUGCUGAAAAUAUUAAAUAAUUAGUGAAAGUUAAUUAUUUGCAUGUUUAUAUUUACAACAUACACUUUUUAAAAGUAAGAAUGUUUCAAAUUUUACUUUAAAUGAAUUUUACAAAAAAUUUAGGUAUAAAUUUAACAAAUUCGCGCUAAUUGCUUAUGAAUCAAAGAAAAAUCAAAAAGAUGGAAAUUAUUCAACAAUAAUAUGUGUAAAACGCAAAAUACAUACAUAUGUACAAUUAUACGUAUACUUACAUACAUACAUAUAUGCAGCUAAUAACGAAAGACGAAUUGUUGAAAGUUAUACGCUAAUCGAAUUUUUUUUGUUUUUUCACUCUUGAGAAAAUGUUCAUCGAUGCGGAAUUGCAAUUGCAACUAUCAUAUCCAAUAGUAGUUAUGUAUUUAUGAAUAUUAAAUUGUUGAAAACAAACGAGCAAUGCUAGUUGAAAUAGCAAAUUGAAUAAAAUAAAUUAAUAAAAAGCGAACGCAUUAACACACACAUAGCCCGAACGAGUAGGAGAUUAGGCAUAUGCAUGUUCAUGCACAUACACACCUACACGUAUUAUAUACUAUGUCUAAUGCAGUAGUUGUGCAAAAGAGAAAAAUACAAAACAAAAACAAAAUACAUUUGCAUGGGUACAUUUAUGCUCUUUAUGGUAAAUUGUAAAUUUUUAUGCUCUGAAUGAAUGUUGAAUUUGAAAAUCUCUCGAUUGUUGUUACAUGUUGAACAAAAGUAUGGUAAGAAGUACUUUUUGCUUUAUCGAUAAAAAAAAAUGCGAAAAACUGAAACUGAACUAAGGAAGUCAAUUCAAGAAGAAAAUUUAAUCAAAAAAUGAAAUUUAAAAAACCGAAAAUUUAAAAAAAAUGUAUUCAAUACUUUAUAAUUUCUUUUUUCUAAAUUGUAAUAUACACAUACAUACAUAUGUACACUGUAUUUCUUUGAUUUGCAUGUACAAGAAAAAUUGAAAACAAGCAAAAAACAAAAACAAUUAUACAUAUAUAAUAUUUUCAAUUUGUAUUUAAGCAGCUUAUUUAACACUAUGUAAUUAAACACAUAUGCAUAUAUACUGACAUUUACAUAUAUACACAUAUAUACAUACAUACAUGCAUACAAGCAAACAUACACAUAUUAACACAUAUGCACACACAUUUUAUUUACUCCUCUGUUACUAUAGGUUUAAUGAAAUUUUUUUUGUAAAUAGUUUUUCGCUGAAUAUAUUUAUUUAUAAUAUCUACGUGCAACCAAUAAAAAUAGUAAAAAAAAUGUUUAAAAUAAAAGUGCAUACAGAUUGUUUUUUUUGUAAUUGACAAACACAACAACUUUUUAUGUUUUAUAGCAAGACAAAACUUUGUUCUCGAAAUUGGCUACUUUGGAAUUGGCUACAAUGAAAUUUGCAAGAAUUCAAUUACAACAAAGGAUUUUUUGAUCAAAAAAUAUUAAUUUGCUAUUAAAAAAUCUAAAAUUCCUUUCUUCAGUGCUUUUUCUACCCAAUAAAUUUUUUUAAAUUGAAAAGUAUUUGUGAAAACAAUGAAUAUUUGCGUUAAAAAAAUUGCUUAGCAUUUGAAUUUUACAACAAUUUAGGCCUCCAUCGCUUUCAGUGUUAAGCCAAAAACUUUCGCAUGUUGUAUUUUUUUUUGUUUUUUUGUUAAAUCAAUCGGACAUAAUUUGUUGAGCGCUAUUCUCGUAUUGACUAUAAAAACAAAAACUCAAUUCACGGCGCAACUAAUUACCUAAGCAUGCAAUUGUUGUUUCGCGUGAAAAAAUUUAAAGCUUAUUGAAAAAAAAAACAAAAAUGGAGUUAAAUGUACCUAAAUAUACAAACAAAGUCCCCAAACACAUACCCACGCAUAUAUGUAUAUGUAUCUGCACGUUCAUAAUUACAUUAUGAAAAAUAAAUACAUUUUAUCUUAAAUGUAAAAUUAAAUAAUUUUUAAUAAAUUAAUGUUUUUCGUCUUUUCUAAUAAUUUUAAGUAAUUUUUAAAAUUGUAUUUAAAUAAGUAAACGUAUAAAAUUUAUAAAAAAAACAGCAAGAAAAAACAUAAUUUAAAAGUAAUUUGUAAAUUUCAAUUUUUUUCUGAGCAUUUCAAAUCCAAAUCCAUUUCUAACUCUACUUGGCACAAACUCUUUUUGAAAAAUACAGACUAGCAACAAUUCCUACAUUUUUUUCUUAACACGCUUUUUUCAUUUUACGCUCCUUCAAUACUUUUUGCGCUCACUUCAAAUAUAUGUAUGAGUGGCAUACUCGUACAUGAAUUCAUAUACAUACACCCACAUAUCAUUUAACAGCCUUGUACAUACACUUACUUACUUACUUACGUACACACAUAUCUGCAAGCGCAUACUUACUCACGCGUAUUUUUGUUUACUAACAACACCCGGUACACUUUGCGUACACACUUUGUAAUUGCGUAAACUUUUACUGAACUUACAUAUUUUUCUCUCAGUUUCGAUGCUAAUUUGUUUGCAUAAUUUUUUCUGUAUAAAGGUAACCAUUGUUGUACUGGCUAUUCUUAGUUUGUAGACGAGUUUUUAUUAUAUGAAACGAUAAAAUUUUAUUACAAAAUUUAUAAUAAUAAAUAUAUUUAAAAUAUAUAUUAUAUGUAUACACACACAA